CACACCUUUCCAGGGAGUCCUUGCUCAACUUUUUGAGAAGCUGUCCGGUGGCGGAUUUGCCGUGCUUUACAGAGCAAUAGAGACAAUGGCGGAGAAGACGGAAUGCAGAGAUUUGACAGAUUUAGAAGAGGUUCUAAAUGCAGGUGAGGUUCAGUUCGAAGAAUCUUCAGAGAGAAAUGAGGACUGUGACUCGGAGGAAAACGAUGAAUCGUAUGUGGAGUCGUCUGAUGAUGACUAUGACGGUGGUGAAUAUCAGCCACCUUCCCGAAAGCCACGUUUCUCCUCAACUGCUACGAAACCCAGAGUAGCUUCUGCCCAAAGACAAAGGAACAUCCCAUCCAGAAGAAAGAGCAACACAUUCUGGCCAACACCAAGAAGCAAAAAAGGUUUAAAGUGGGCAAGUCAGGCUACUCCUCCACCUAGUGAUGACGAUGGGGAGAUGUGGCACUCAUUAGAGAAUCCUGACGCCCAACCAGAAACUCCUACCUUUUGCCCUCGUCAUCCGCCAGGGCCCCAAAUUGAUGCUACACAAUCAUGGUCACCGCUGAGCCUAUUCAAACUGUUUUUUAGUGCACGUAGCAUUCGAACCAUAAUCAAGAACACGAAUAAAAACGCAGAGAGAAAACUUUCAGGCGGCAUGAAGUUCAAAUGGUCAUCUGUUGGUGUCCAAGACUUCUUUAUCCUCUUAGCCAUUAUAAUAUUCGGUGGAUUAGUGCAGGUCCCUGCUAGAAGCGACCUAUGGAGAACAAAGUGGCCGUUCAACUUCCCGUUUCCCCGAGAGUGCAUGACGCGUAACAGGUUUGAAAGCAUCUUCUAUUGCAUUCAUCUUUCCGAUAUCGAAGAUGAUGCAGAAAAUGAGAAAAAGAGGGGAACGCCAGAGUAUGACAGACUGUUCAAGAUUAAACCCCUCUAUAAAGACAUACAGGUAGCAUGUCGAGCCGCUUUCCACCCGCACAGGGAGAUAUGUGUGGAUGAACGCAUGGUGGCGAGCAAGGCCAGGAUAGGGUUCCGUCAAUAUAUGAAGGACAAGCCCACCAAAUCUGGCUACAAGCUAUUUGUUUUAGCCGACUCUUGCUCUGCCUACACGUGGAACUUUUUUGUCUACCAGGGAAAGAUCGAGAGAGUUGAAAAGGAAGCUCUCAGCGUCACAUCGGUGAUGGACUUGAUGGAGUUCGACCUUCUUGGCAGAGGUUACCACCUUUACGUCGAUAACUUCUACACCAGCCCCAAGCUGUUCAAUAAACUGAAAUCCCACCACAUCGCUGCAUGUGGAACCAUCCGUCAGACGCGCGUCAACUUUCCAAAAACGACGAGAAACACUCUGUCCAGAUCAGCGGACAGAGGAGACAUGAGAUGGCUCCGUAAAGACGGACUGCUGUUUGUGAAGUGGAAGGAUACCAAGGAGGUGGCAAUGUGCAGCACCUUCCACAAAGCCUACAGUGGGGACACCGUGAAGAGGAGAGUGAGGGAGGAGGGGAAGUGGUGUGUCAAGGAUAUCACCAUUCCUGAUGCAGCGAGGGAUUACAAUAAGUACAUGGGAGGAGUGGACCUAUCGGAUGCUCUCAUCCAGUAUUACACUGUCAGGUCAAAAACCAUGAAGUGGUACAAAACUUUCUUUUAUCAUUUCAUAGACAUCGCCGUGGUGAACUCUUUCAUCCUGUUCAAGAUGUUGAUGAGAGAAAAAGGACAGCCUCUUCUGGGACAGAAGAAGUUCAGGGAGCUCCUCCUGGAGGAGCUUGUAGGUGAAGCUAAAGCUCUAGUUCAGGCAUCCAGUCCAAAAGCUGGUCCACCUAAAAUGUGCAUGCCAUCACAUUAUGGAUACGUUGGAGUUGACUUAAGGAGAACUUGUGUGUAUUGUAAAAAGGCUGGCCAGCUAAGAAAAACGUCAGUGUAUUGCAUCAAGUGUGAUGUUGCCCUAUGUUGCCUUUCCAGCAGAAAUUGUUUCAGAGAUUUUCACUACAAGAAGAAAGGUGUGGUUUGGUGACUGCUUGUACAUUGGUUUUAGUUUUUUUCUAAAAUGUUCUUAGUUUUUGUCCUUCUGUUUUUCUACAAUAGUAUUAGGGAGUUUUCUAUUGUAUU